UCUUUCAUUCUCAGGCGUCGCAACUCUAUCCGAUGCGUACGACAACUGAGCGUGACAAUACUUACAGAUACCGCCCAGGUUCAAGCGGCCUUGGAACCACAACUGGCGCCAAUAGUCCAUCACCUGGAGGUCAACCGAUUUCUAUCCCUGUCCUGCACCUGGGGCAGUCCCGUGGAUCUUCCAAUUCACCAACAACGGUAUCUAGCUAUGGAGGAAGCGGUCUCAACGUCCAGGGUAGCGCGGAAUUUCGCCCUGGGAGCACCACGUCUGACACCGGUGAGCCUGGGUAUCGAUCGCCACCAUAUCGGUCGACCUUGUUAUCCUCGACUGCGAGGAGUGGAACAAGAACCCCAGUUACAUCUGAUCAAGAGGCUGAGGUAGAUGCUCUGACGAAUCUCUUAAUGCGCAGCAUGGAGACCCGAUCGUCUUCGGGUCUGGGAAGUUCAGUCAAUUCUACUGGUUUGACAGCCACAUCGGACGUUUCGACCUCUUCGCCGGCUGGCAGUCUUAGGCGAAGCAACGGCUCCAGCACUCCAGUCAGCCAAAUUAGCAGACUACAACAUCACCUUGGGAUAACCCCAAAUGCAGUUGGGGCCAGUGUCAGUUCGGCGAAUGGAGGACGAGCUAGUCCACUCACGACCGUUACUGCGGCAACUGCAGCAUCGGUGACCGGUAGCUCAUCGACUAAUUCGCCCACCGGAUCUACAUCGAGUGUACUGAACGCAUCCGAACAUGGUGGAAGUGUGGGGACCUUGUCAAACAUAGGGACGGGCCAGAAUUCGUGUUUCCGUUGCCGACGUGCUCUCUUCCCGCCCGAAGGAUCCACGCUGAAUCCAAGUAUGGCAGCUGCUAACAAUAGUAACAAUGUCGUGACCCUUACCGGAGCGCUGGCUGUGCGGCUUCACGUAGCCUGCUUCACUUGCUAUAGAUGUGCUGCACCGCUACGUCCUGACGCAUACUAUCACAGCUUGCGCCGCUUACUCUGUCCCGCUUGUGUUCGUGAUGGAGCCGUCGAGACAUGCUCAAACUGUCGACGUCCAAUAGGCGAUAGAGUUGUGCAUGCCCUCGGACUACCCUACCAUCCAAAUUGCUUUGUAUGUGUGGUCUGUGCAGGUAGAUUGGAUUCGAAACCAUUCACGAUCGAUGUUCAUGGUCGUUUGCACUGUUUGGAUGACUUUCACCGCCGAUAUGCUCCAAGAUGUGCGCACUGCGGUCGGCCGAUUGCACCAGAUCCAGGAAGUCAGGAAGCUCGUCGGGUAGUUUCCGGUGAUUCUAAUUAUCAUUUGGAGUGCUUUGGAGUACGCACAGUUUCGCAACCGUCCUCGAUUGGGACAAAAUUAACUGCUGGGGUGGCAAGUUAG